AUAUCGAACAAUAUUUUCGCUAGUCUAAGGCAAAUGUUUAUACGUUUUGAUGGUCACUAAUCUCUAGACUUCGUCUAUCUAGGAAGUCAGUUUUUCUAUUAACAAUCGUUUAACAGAUUUGCGUCGUUUCCUUCGGAAUUAUCAACUUCAAUCAAGAUUAACUUUCCUGAAGACACCAGAAGAAAAGUAACGUUUUUAAAAGGAUGCAGAACACAUCAAAUUGUUGGACCGUCUUCUUGGUGUUUAUUGGGUUGUUAUGGAUGGGCGAGGCUCAAGAAUGUGGUCGGCCACAAAUGCAAAACAGGAUUGUUGGAGGUUCUUCUGCGUCAGAUGGAGCUUGGCCUUGGCAGGUGGAUAUUCAGAAUGAUCAAGGACAUGUUUGUGGAGGAACUGUCAUUAAAGAGAACUGGGUUCUGUCAGCUGCUCAUUGCUUUCCAAAUCCUAAUGACAUCUCCUCCUACAUCAUUUACGUGGGCCGGCAGAAGCUGCACGGUUGGAACCCGGACGAGACCAGUCAUAAUGUCCGUCGUGUGGUGGUUCCGUUGGGGUACACAGACCCACAGCUGGGCCAGGAUAUCGCCCUUGUGGAGCUGGCGUCACCUGUUGUGUGGACUGAACGCAUUCAGCCGGUCUGCUUGCCCACAGCCAGUGCUGAGUUCAACAGUGACAUGAGGUGCAUGAUCACUGGAUGGGGUGACAUUAGAGAUGGAGUUACUCUGCAGGGGUUUGGACCUUUACAGGAAGUGCAGGUGCCUAUCAUUGACUCGAAGACAUGUCAGGAUAUGUUUCUGAUAAACCCCACAGAGAAAAUUGAUAUCCGCAUUGACAUGAUGUGUGCUGGCUUUCAAGAAGGGGGCAAGGACUCGUGCCAGGGUGAUUCUGGUGGCCCUCUGGUGUGUCAGGUCAGUGAUGGUAGCUGGGUGCAGGCUGGAAUUGUUAGCUUUGGUCUUGGAUGUGCAAAACCAAACCGACCAGGAGUCUAUGCCAAAGUGUCUAGAUUUACUAACUACAUCCAGUCCCAUGUAGGAGGAGUCCAGCUGAAGAGUGAAUCAAGUCGCAUUUGGGCUGACACGGUCAUGGUGCUUUUCAGGACUGUAAUUCUAGAUAUAUUGGUACGAAUGCUGAGAUAAACACAUUGACCCAUGUAUAUGCUAAAAGCCCACCCAAAAAAUAUGAAAAUGCCAUCCUAUAUAAAAAGGCAUUUAAUGUCAUAACAUGUAGAAUUCUCAUCCUUUAAAGGAGCAUUUUAAUCAUUUUCUUUUGUGUUUUACAAAACGUCAUAAUAUGUACUUUCCUAUAUGGUACACACCCAAGUAUUCCACAAUGACAUGCCGAAUGAUUGAACUGUUUUGUAUGUAUUUUACCUGCUCACUUGAUUCCUUUAGUAAUGCAUUAACUCACUGAAAUCAGUAAUGAUUAACAGUGUGAUAAGAGCGGUUACAGGAAUAAAUGAGUGAUUGUAUUGUGCAAAUGCGCACUUAAAUUUUCACUGAAGUGUCUGAGGUUAACUAGUCAAAUCAACAGAAUUCUGGUCUAGAUCUUAGCCAAGAUAAUGCUAAUAUAGUCUGGAUACGUUACCUCAUUGGCAGUUGCAUGAAGCAUACUAAAUUAUGAAUGUUCCGUAACUUUAGAUCAUGUAAAAACAAAUUUUCAAUUUGAUUGCUAGUGCAAUUUGACAUAUGUACUGCUGUAAUGCACUUAUAUAAAGAAAGAAUUGUAUUUUUGUA